GAAAGUGCGUGUGUGUGUGUGAGAAGAGUGAGUGUUUGUGUAUGUACGCCCGUUACUGUGUGUGUGAGAGGGAGUGGGUGUUACGUGUGUGUGUUUGUGAGUCUGCGUGUGCGCGAGUGUGAGUGUGUGUGUGUUAGUCACUGCCCCACUGUGAACCGUGAGUGUGUGGGCGGGCGGGCGUGUGCUGGUGACGGGGUCGGUCAGUCGGUGUCAGGGCUACAGCGGGUCUCGGGAUGAACGCGGUGGGUUUCCCCAGCGAUGUUCCUGGACGAUUGAUACCCACAGGUAUCUCAACCUGGUCAGCUCAGACUUGGGAUGUCCUGACAGUAGCUGUGAUCAUGGUCAGCAUGACGACCUGGGUUAUAUCUCGUAAAAGAGGGUGUGAGGGGCCAGGGUGUGAGGGGAGGGGCAGCCUGGCACUGGAGCUUCUGCUACAGGUGAUGAUACUGGCACCAACAAUGCUGUUCUGCUACUGGGGUUCCUCCUGCCCAGAGCCGCUGCGGGCAGUGGGUACAGACGGACCCACCGUGGCCGUGCCGGGAGACAGCGUGGUGCUGCGAUGCCGGGCGGUGACCUACACACAGGCCGGGAGCCUGGGGCUGGAGUGGAGGAACCUGCGGACAAGAGAUGUGAUCCUGGCGUGUGGAGAGGAUGGGGGAGGGUGCCGGGGCUACCGGGAGGGGGCCUGGCUGCUGGACAGUCAGCGAGAGGCCAGAGACCUGUCCCUGCGGCUGGACAGAGUCAGAGUGACCGAUGCUGGCAGGUACCAGUGCACCAUCUUCACCGGCAGGCACUCCAGCGCCGCACUGAUGGAUCUCAGCGUGGUCGCUCUUGGGACGAAGCCCAUCAUCUCAGUCGAGUGUCUCAGCGACUCCACCCUCCUCUACAGCUGUCGAUCGGGCGGGUGGUUCCCUGAGCCCACCCUGGUGUGGAAGAGCAGUGACGGGACCAGCCUGUUGCCGCGGUCGAACGUGAGCAGGACCAGGGGCGAGGGGGGUCUGUAUGGCCUGGAGAUCCAGUACUGGGCCCACCACGACGUGCCGGACUCUGUUAUCUGCAUCGCCCGCAACACGGUGACCAACGUCAAGAUGGUGUCGGCCGCACGCACCUCAGAUUUGCUCCGUCGAGCUCAGGUCCGUGUGGGGGAAACCGACUGCACCAAACCCCUAGAGUGCCCGGGAGAGUGAACCAGGGGGGGCAAAGGGUGUCGGGAAACUGAAGAAAGGAGACUGAGAGACCGAGAAAUUCAGCAUUUCUCCAGUAAAUCUUGCAAAAGUCUACAGAUCCACCA